UUGUGUUUAUUUUGGAUUUUAACCUUUGAACUUGCCCCCCGUUUAAUCGAGAUCCUGUAAUUUAAAAAUUAUUUAAAACCAUUUUUCGUUUAAUAGUACAAAUUGUUUUUUCAUAUAAAAAGCAUUUAAAAAACACCAUGGCUCUCCUCAACAGAACAUACUUAACAGCAUUCCAAUUGAGGCAAAGGGGAAUUGCCUCUCUGGCAGCCUUGUCGGAGACCCACCAGAUGCUCCAAAAGACAUGCCGAGACUUUGCUGACGGUGAAUUAAAACCAGUUGCGGCAAAAAUUGACAAAGAGCAUUUAUAUCCAAAGGAACAAAUUAAGAAAAUGGGUGAGUUGGGAUUGAUGGCCAUAGAAGUUCCAGAGGAGUAUGGUGGGACAGGCUUGGACAGUUUGGCUUAUAGUAUUGCCAUGGAGGAGAUAUCUAGAGGUUGUGCUUCCGCUGGCGUAAUUAUGUCCGUCAAUAACUCACUAUAUUUGGGAUCGCUUUUGAAGUUUGGUAGCAAGGAACAAAAGGAAAAAUGGAUACCACCCUUUACUACUGGUGAAAAGGUUGGUUGUUUUGCCCUGUCGGAGCCCGGAAAUGGCUCAGAUGCCGGCGCAGCAUCCACAACAGCAAAACUAGACGGUGACAGUUAUAUUUUAAAUGGCACUAAAACGUGGAUUACAAGCGCGCUUGAAAGUGAGGCCGGUGUCAUUUUUGCCACCACCGAUAAGAAUCUUAAACAUAAAGGAAUUUCUGCGAUUCUAAUCCCAAAACCGAUUAAAGGUCUUGAACUGGGAAAAAACGAGGAUAAAUUGGGCAUCAGGGGCUCUUCAACCGCGGCCCUCAUGUUCGAUAACUGCAAGGUCCCUAAGGAAAACGUCCUGGGACAACCUGGUAUAGGUUUCAAGAUAGCCAUGAUGGGCUUAGACAGUGGUAGGAUAGGCAUUGCAGGGCAAGCACUUGGUAUAGCUCAAGCUUCCCUUGAAGUAGCGGUGGAUUAUGCCUCAAAAAGAAUUACUUUUGGCAAAUCACUUUUAAAGCACCAAAUGAUCCAAGAUAAAAUCUCAGAAAUGGCCUUAAGGCUUGAAUCGGCAAGACUAUUAACGUGGAGGGCAGCAUGGUUAAAAGACAAUAAGAAGCCGUAUAUAAAAGAGGCUGCGAUGGCCAAAUUGGCUGCCAGCGAGACCGCAACGUUUAAUAGCCAUCAGUGCAUACAGAUAUUGGGUGGAAUGGGUUACGUGUCAGAUAUGCCAGCUGAAAGACAUUACAGAGACGCCAGAAUCACUGAAAUAUACGAAGGUACUUCUGAAAUUCAGAAGCUUGUCAUUGCUGGAAAUGUCAUUAAAGAAUUAGGUUUUAAUUAAGGUUAGAAUUAAGUUUUAAAAAACUUUUUGAAAUAUUUUUUAUAUCUGUAAUGUGACUGAAAUUGUGCCUUAUAUUGCAAUUUACCUUUAUAAUAUAUUUUUUAAUGGUAA